GUAGUAUUACCAAAAGCCUGCCAGGAGCUACAUAUGAUCCAGAACUUAAACAGAGACACAAUGAUAUAAACAAAAAUAGAAAAAACAAAAGAAAUAGAACCCAAUCAGAUAGUAUAGAUAGCAAAAAUGCAGAGGACUAUUCUAGAAACUUAGAUGUAAAAUAA